GCAGGGGGUGGAGAAGAGAAGAGGCCGGAACGUUUGUGCGGGACUGGCGGCUCCGGGGUCGGGUGUUGUGGCGCUCGGGCAACAUGGCGCUGUGCUGGGAUGUGCAGCCCAAAAAUGGGACUGAGGAGUUUUUCUCCCACGAGAUGUACAAUCGCUACUCCCUGGCUCCAACCUUCUCGGAAUUAUGUGAAAUGGUUAGCAGGCAAACGGUGGAAAGCAGCCAGACUGCCGGCUCCCCUGAGGUUCAGCAGCCGCCCAACACCAGCUCCAAGCCCGAAGCUGCUGCUCCGGCACCAGGCAAUACGACCCGUGAAGCUGCCACCUUCCCAAUCCCAGAGCCCAGAGUGCCCUAUCCCCGCUUCUCCGCCCUGACCGAGAGGGAGCAAAGGAGCUAUGUGCAGCUCAUGCAAAGGUUCAAGAACACGCAGUGGGCCGCAAGGAUGCAGGGGCGAAUGUACGGCUGCCUGGCGCAGUUUUCCGAACUGAAGAAUACUGUGUGGAACGAGGUGCCAGAGUUCAUGAAGUACCUGCAGAAUGUGGCGCGGAUGUGUGCAGAGGAUUACGAUGUGACCUGUCAAGAUGCCGUCCGUUACACUGAGGAGGUUUUGCAAGCAUGGAAUGAUAGUCUGAAGAAAUACCCAGAACUUUACACGGUCAAUGAAAUGACGAGCAUCAUGGGAGGGAAGUUCAUCCCAGACCUGACUCUGCGACUGGAGAAGAAGCUGCUGUGCCUGGGUCGAGCUACCUACCUGCGGGUCCCGACUGCAGCCUCGGCAGCUCAGCUGACGACAGAUUAUAAAACCAUCGCCUCGUUUACUCCUGCGUCCGCCAGAGCGUCUGCCUUCGAGUCGGAUAUUAGCGGUGAUGAGAAUGCGGAGAGGCUCAGUGUGAAGUAUGGAGCCAAAUUGUCCCUGACAAGCCGGGCACUGUUUACUCUGUUGAAUAACUGCGGACCCAAGUAUACAGAACCGUGGGAGCUUCCUGUACACGUGAAAACCAUCCACGGUGAAGGGAAUAAAAUGGAGAAAGUCAUCUUCAUUGACUCUCCUCUGCCCAAGAAAGAGCUUUCAACGAGAGAGAAGAAUUUGCUUUUUUAUGAAGUUCCUUUGGACUUAUUGAUGUCCAAGAAAAGUUACACAGCAAUGUCAAACCUGACACUGGACAAAGCACAAAACAUCGACACAUCGGAGGAGAUGGAGCACCAGAGGCCAGUCAAUGCCCCUGGAAGCGGUGAUCUGGAUUUUAACGCCGACUUUACCCAAUUAGAGACCUUUGGAACUAUUUCCUCAGAGGAGGUAAAGCCCAAAGAUGGCGGCCCCAGGGCUUGUAAGCGGACGGCCAAGGCCAAGACGGCCAAGCCUGCUCCUGUAGCAGGGGACAGUAAAGGCCAGGGUGUCCCCGAGGCCAAAUCACAGCCUGCACACGUGGUCAAAGAAAAAGCACAGGAAGGUCAGCUUCCCUCCUCACGCCCGAACCCCAACAGCGGCAGAGAGCCGAGCUCAGUGGAAGCCAGUGAAUGCGGGCCACACUCCAGCAGCGACCAACACAAGGCCAAGCCGAUGGAAGAGAGAGGAGGGGAGGGGGAGAAGGAGAGGUUGGCGAGCUGUAAGGCUGCUGGUUCUCAAGAGUCGGACAGUGAUUCCGAUGAGGAGCGGAUGGUGAUCGAUACCAGCUUGAUGGACAUCAAUGAAGCCCGCGACCCUGUGGAAGUCGAUCUGCCGACGGUCCCAGAGAAACCUGAUCUUCCCAGUCCAGAAGAAAUCAUUCCAGAUACUCCCCGGUCUCCAUCUCCUGAUCGGGACCCCCCCAGCCGCCAGAAGACCAAGGUGCUGGCGUGCAAGAGGAAAGCUGCCAAACCCCUCCUGAAGGAGUUUGAUCCGGUGGGGCAGAUCCUGCGAAUGCAAUGUAAGCUCUUAAAGCCUAUCCCCAAACAACAGCCUGUUGAUCAGACCCAAGCAACGCAAGAAGCAAACUCCACACGGCACAACCCGCCUGGACAACCACCGCUCAGUCACAACCCUCUCACCGCCCACAUUCCUCAAUCCCACCAUCCUGCUGCCUUGGGGAACGUUCCCACUUCCUUGGGAAAGACUGGCCAGAGCACGAGGGCACAUCUAUUGCCGGAGGAGCUGCUGAAUUGUGAUGAAUCAGCAUCUGACUAUACGGAGCCGGCAUCUGGCAACGUGGCCUACAAACUCUUCAGUUUGUCCGACCUCCUCUUGCUCGUGCGUGGGAGUGUACACAAGACCCAGAUCAGGCCGCGCUCGAACAAAGGAGGCAGAAAGAAGCAUGUCCCAGUUUACGUGCUGCCAAAGUUGGAGUAUCAACCCAUGUAUGGGAUAGAAGCCCUCACUGAGAGUGAAAUCUGUCAGUUAUGGACUGAAAGUCUCAUCAAUUCAAACUCCUGGUUUUAUAUCGGUCACAUUGAUGUCUUCACAUCGAAGAUCCUGUUGAUUGACCAGUUCCCAGCAGCAUCUAUAACAGAAAAACUUGGAUCCUUCAACCCCGUCAACUCGAUAAACAUCCUUCACCAUAUACUGAGGAAGCUGACGAGCCUGCCGGAGGACCGCUACUUGCUCAGCCACUCUUCGGGGGAUUCGUCCAUCACCAUUUAUCGCACGUCUCUGGGAGGGAGGUUCACCAGAGCAGCCUACAACCUCCACGCUACGCACAGCACUCUGCCUGCCAUCCCAUCCACCCUCUCCAUGCCCUGGGUGCCCCUGGAUCCCAGCGUGCUGCUGCCGUUUCACAUCCACCACGGCAGAGCCCCCUGCACCUUCCCACCGAGACCUGCGGACAAUCCCCACGCUCAAAAGGUGGGUGUGGCAAAAGCAAAGAGAGAGAUUCACGGCCCAGGAGGGGCGGUUACCACGGAGACAAAGAGUCACCACUUCCCGCCAGCCCAGCCCAGCCAGAAGCCAGGCCCAGCACCAAAGAAACGGAGGAAGAGAAGGAGCGCACAGAAUCGGGUGAAGAAGAGACGGGCAAUGCAGAAAACACAGAGAGCUCAAGGCAAAGCCGGCCAGUGAAUGUGGGGCGUCUGAGGAGGGCCUCGACCCGAAACAUCACCUAUCCAUGUUCUCCAGAGAUGCUGCCUGACCCACAGAGUUACUCCAGCACUCUGUGAAACGUCACCUAUCCAUGUUCUCCACAGAUGCUGCCUGACCCGCUGAGUUACUCCAACACUCUGUGAAACGUCACCUAUCCAUGUUCUCCACAGAUGCUGCCUGACCCACAGAGUUACUCCAGCACUCUGUGAAACAUCAUUUAUCCAUGUUCUCCACAGAUGCUGCCUGACCCGCAGAGUUACUCCAGCACUCUGUGAAACGUCACCUAUCCAUGUUCUCCACAGAUGCUGCCUGACCCGCAGUUACACCAGCACUCUGUGAAACAUCACCGAUCCAUGUUCUCCACAGAUGCUGCCUGACCCGCUGAGUUACUCCAGCACUCUGUGAAACGUCACCUAUACACAUUCUCCAGAGAUGCUACCUGACCCGCUGAGUUACUCCGGCACUCUUAUCUAAUGUGAUCGUUCAGGACUCAGCCCUUCCUAGUUCAAACACCCACACUACACAAGCUAAGCCAAGCCAUGCCAAGCUGGGCCUUCUCCUGGACUGAAUGUAAUCUAACACACCACACAUUCCAGCAGUGGGUUAUGCUUGCCCGGCGAAAACAUGAGAAUGAGCAGCACUCGUAUCGCAACCCUUGUGGAGGGGGCGGACAGACUGAAUGAAGGCUGCAGUUAGACACAAAAAGCUGGAGUAACUCAGCGGGACAGGCAGCGUCUCUGGAGAGAAGGAAUGGGUGACGUUUCGGGUCGAGAUUCUUCUUCAGACCAGAAACAUCACCCAUUCCUUCUCUCUGUCCCGCCCACUCCCCUGACAUCAAUCUGGAGAAGGGUCUCGACCCGAAACAUCACCCAUUCCUUCUCUCCAGAGAUGCUGCCUGUCCCGCUAAGUUACUCCAGCAUUUGUGUCUGCCUUCGAUUUAACCCAACAUCUGCAGUUCCUUCCUACUCAAAUACCAGCACAUCACACUUGGCUGGGGUUAGAAUCACAUUCCUCACUCAUGUGCACAUUAUAUAAGGGAGGUGUAAAGACUGUUUUCACCGGACAGUGUAAUAAAGGACACAGAAGAGUUUCACUGGA